AUGGAUUCAACGAACAGUACCUUCGAAAGGGUAGAUGACAAGAAACUCAUCUAUAUUUUUCAAUGUCUGGUAAUCUUCAUCUUUGCCAUCCUCAUAAUUUCCACCAAUAUCUUAAACCUGAUUGUCAUCCCUCGACUACCAGACAUCAACGAGGCAAGUAGAGUCUUUUAUAACUAUCUGUCAACUGCAGACGUCCUUCUUGGAUUCAUUCUCCCUCCGGCGCUACCAUCAGCCAUCGUUGGUUAUUGGCCUUUCGGAAAUCUCGUAUGCAAGAUAUUUGGAUUUGGCGUGAUGCUUGUGGCCUUUCUAUCUUCUGGAAGUCUACUGCUUCUCAAUUUGGAUCGUUUCUUCAGCAUAGCCAUCAUGGAUCGGAGAAGAGCCAUUAUAAUCGCCACAAGUUCGGACAUCGCCGAAGCUACAUUUCUCCUUGCCAUGUUAUUCGCAAAUCCCUUAGGACCGGAAAUCAUACAAUACUCAAAUCUAGGAGGAUGCAUCAUUGUUUUCUCUGAACCAAAGUUUCUCGGAUAUUCGCUAGCCAUCUUCUCAGUUUGUAUUCCCACCUUAGUGAUCGUGUACGCCAGAAUAAUCUGUAUAAGCAAGAGACACGUGAGACGCAUUCAGGUCCAGGAACUUGCAACCCGAGUUAGCACCGUUGGUAGAAGUGAUGAGCCCGCAUUGAUAGUGGAAGACAGGCCAUUCGUGGUCAGGAAAAAUGUCAACCAUCGAGCAAUCCGCAUGACUCUCCUGGUGACGGGCACAUACGUCGCAGCUUGGGCACCCUUCACAAUUUUUCAGAUAUACAUUUCCCUUAUAGGAGAUGUAUCUGUCAUCGUUAGGGCAUUGGUUUGUUGGCCGUUGCUACUGAAUCCUCUUUGUAAUGUCAUCAUCUACUCGGUGACAAAACGUUCUUACAGAAUUUUGGCACGAAAACUGUUGAAAGCUUGCCUGCGAUGUUCUCUAGUAGAUCUUCAAAUCGCAAAUUCUCAUGACAUUCUUGUAUAG